GGGGUCAGGAGCUAAGCGGCCCAGCCUGGAAGGAGGGCUGAGGAGCAGGUGGCAGGCUGGUGGCCUCUGCCGGCUGGCGGGACUAUAGUGGCUCAGCCUUUGGGUCUAGAGACCCAGCUCCCUUCUUUCUGGUCAGUGCCUGUCCCCGAUGCCUGCUAGACUUUUGCCUAUAACAGGGCCCCCGUCUGACCAGCCUCCUAACCCCAGACUGAUUGGGGAGUUGGGGGCUGAACUCUCUGGGGGUUCCCGGUACCAAUGUACUGCCGGGCCUUUAGGGGCCUGGCAGGAGCCCUCUUUACCCUCCUGUGCGUGGGGCUCCUGUCUCUAAGAUACCAGUCAAGCUCGCUGCGGAUGAUGCUGGGCACGCUGAGGCUGAACCAACCGAACCCAGGGCCCCUGGAGCUGCAGCUGAGGGACAUCUUCAUUGCAAUCAAGACUACCUGGGCUUUCCACCGCUCCCGCCUGGACCUGCUACUUGACACGUGGGUCUCCAGGACCAGGCAACAGACAUUUGUCUUUACUGACAGCCCAGAUGAGAGCCUCCAGGAGAGACUAGGCUCCCACCUUGUGGUCACCAACUGUUCCGCCGAACACAGCCAUCCUGCUCUGUCCUGCAAGAUGGCUGCAGAGUUCGAUGCUUUCUUGGCCAGUGGGCUCAGCUGGUUCUGCCAUGUGGAUGACGACAACUACGUCAACCCCAGGGCGCUGCUACAGCUUCUGAGAACAUUCCCGCAGGAUGGUGAUGUCUACGUGGGCAAGCCCAGCCUGAACCGGCCCAUCCACGCCUCUGAGGUGCUAUCAAAAAACCGCACGAGGCUGGUGCGGUUCUGGUUCGCCACAGGAGGUGCUGGCUUCUGCAUCAAUCGCCAACUGGCUUUGAAGAUGGUGCCAUGGGCCAGCGGCUCCCAUUUCAUGGACACUUCAGCUCUCAUCCGCCUCCCUGAUGACUGCACGGUGGGCUACAUCAUUGAGUGCAAGCUGAGGGGCCGCCUGCAGUCCAGCCCCCUUUUCCACUCACACUUGGAGACCCUGCAGCUCCUGGGGGCUGCCCAGCUUCUGGAGCAGGUCACCCUCAGCUAUGGUGUAUUUGAGGGGAAAUUGAAUGUUAUCAAGCUACAGGGCCCCUUCUCCCAUGAAGAGGACCCCUCCAGAUUUCGCUCCCUCCAUUGUCUCCUCUACCCGGACACGCCCUGGUGUCCACUGCUGAUGGCACCAUGAGCUCUGACCUUCCUCAGAGGUUGAUGGAUGCUUCUGCACCACCACUUCCUGACCUCCUAAGCAGUCCUGAGGGCUCCUGGUCCAGUGCCCACUGGCAGAUGGUCCCUGGAAGGGCCUCCAGAGGACAGGAAAGGCCAGGAUCUGGACAGUGGUUUGUGUUGAAGGUGUCUUGGGCCCAGAGACCUGGUCACACCACAGAGGCUUCGGGGACAUUUGAGUUGGUGUCAGGAGAGGGGAUCAGGGACCUCACCCUCCUGAGAGUGGCAUGUGCCCUGACUGGGGUCUGGCCUCUGGCCUCAGUCAUUCCUUGGGGACCAGGGCAUUGGGACAAAAUCAAGAUCUGUGAUCUUCAGCAGUGGAGCUGGUCUCAGCUGCUCCUGGCUCUUCUCCCCUGGCCAAGGGACCUAGACUUUGGAGGCUCAGCAGGC